AUGAAUAUUUCUACUAUAUAUGGCCCUAAUAUUGGGUUAGAUAGUAAUCUUAAACCUACGAGAAUGGGGAGUAUGGAUCAGAAUACUAGUGCAAGAACUAUUCGUCCUGAACAAUGGGAACCUUGGAAAAGUUUUGGAAAGUUAUUAAAUGAUUCAAUUAUUGAGAUGGGAUGGCAGGAAAGGUACUCAAUAUUAAGAGAUGUUGUAAAUCAAUAUGGGAUAAGUGAGAAGGGAUUUUUAACAUUGGAUGAAUUUCUAGAAAUUCUAAAUGAUAAUCCAAUAACAAAUGAAGAAUAUCGUACUGUUUUUUAUAAUUUAAUGGAUAGGAAUCAGGAUGGUAAGAUGAGUGAAACUGAAUUUACUUCUGGUAUGCUUAGUUUGAGUCCACUAGCUACUAAUGAUCCAAGAACUAGUAUAGGACAACUUCGAUUACAGUUUAUAUUUUUAUAUUAUGAUAGCGAUAGAAAUGGGUUAUUGAGCUUAAAUGAACUGAAGAAAAUGCUACUACAUAUUUCAGCGAUACGAUCACUUGCCAAUAAUACAAAAACUAUAACAGAAUCAAAAGCUAGAGAGUAUGCCAUACACUUAAUUGCUCAUUAUGAUGGAGUUUUUGGUUUUAAUGCAUUUUAUACAUCAGUACUGAAUAAUAUCUUGAAAGGAACAGGAUGGCUAUUGAGAACUCACAAAGAUCUGGUUGAUUAUAUUAAUAAUCGAGGGAUCCUAGAAGAUACUAGUAUGGUGAAUACUAAUCAAAGUACUAAGUCAAAAUUUUCUCCAUCACAGAAUAGCCUACUUUCUUUAGGAAUAGAGGAAGGAAAAGGGACAGUGGAUAGAAUAACUGAAACCCAACCAAUAUCUAGGAAUUUAAUCCAGACAGAAACAAUAACAUUGGAUAAUUCAUUUAUAAAAGACAAUAUAAAAACACCAUGUUACAAUAACAAUAAAAAACCAUUUAAUAGUUCAAUACUAUAUAAUGGACAAAUGAGUGAUAUUGAAGGCUCUGUAAGUAUAGAUAAGCACACAAGUUUAGUUCGUUCAACAUUAUUGAAUAAAGAUUUGAAAUAUCGAAUAAUUGAAUAUUAUAUGGAUUUAGCUCGAUUUUUACAUAUGGGGAAACUAGGAAUAGAAGAAAGUAUGAAUAUAACAAAUAUAGCAACAGUUGAUGAAAUAAUGAAAUUGUGUGAUACUGUAGUAGAAUUAUUCCGUAAAGAAAAUAGUUUAAUUCAGAAUUCAGAAUUUAAAAUGCCAGUUAGAAUAUUUGGUGAUAUUCAUGGUCAACUUUUUGAUAUUUUGCACUUUUUCGAAAAAUUUUCAUGGCCACAUUAUCAUCGUGGUGAUAUAUUAUCAAUGAAUUAUAUAUUUCUUGGAGAUUACGUUGAUCGUGGUAAAUUUUCACUAGAAGUAAUAUUUUUAUUAUUCUCAUUUAAAAUAUUAUUUCCUAAUAAAAUUAUGAUGUUGCGUGGUAAUCAUGAAGAUCCAUUAAUGAAUUUAUCUUAUGGUUUUCACACAGAAUGUGUUAGAAAAUAUGGGAGUCACUAUGGUCAUUUAUUAUGGGAAAGAGUGAAUGAUGUAUUUGAAUUUUUAUCUCUGGGUAUAGUUGUUGAAGAUCAAAUUUUAUGCGUACAUGGUGGGAUUGGUAAAAAUAUUCAAACUUUAGAUGAUAUUAAAGAUAUUCCAAAACCAAUCCAUGUAUCAUCUGAUUGCUUUUAUGAUAAUUCUAAACAUGAAUUUGAAACAGUUAAUGCAUGUAAUGCUUAUAAUGUUGAAAGGAAAAUAUUGGACUGUUUGUGGUCUGAUCCAAUUGAUGAUGAUAUAAAUGAUGAAAAAUAUCUAUAUAAUGAAACUGAUGUUGAUUGUAUUACAAAUAACUCCGAUAAUGAAAAUAGAGUUAAUGUAUACAAUUAUAAUUGUAAAGAUAUAGAUGCAUUUAUGAAUAAUACAGGAAUAAAGCUAAUUGUAAGAGCUCAUGAAUGUAUACCAAAUGGUUAUGAAUAUUUUGCAAAUGGAAAGGUAUUGACACUAUUUUCAACUACGAAUUAUUGUAAUAAUUAUAAAAAUGAUGCAGCUAUGUGUGUAUUUAUGAAAAAUACACAGAAUGACAAUUUGAUCCAUUUUAAUCAAAUUAUAAAAUAUAAAAGCAUUGAUAAUUCUUUUGGGUGGAUUGAUGAUUGUACUGGUACUGGUGAUAAUCUGAAUAAUAAACAUAUAAGAAAUAGGCAAUUUGAUCAUGUUGACAUUGCAACUUCAAGAUAUACAAAUACACCAGUUAAUCGUAAUUUCAAUGUUGAUAAUCAUAUAAACAAACUACUUAAUAGUAGUGCAUUUAUUAGCAAUUACAAGAAAGAUAAUCGUGAUUUUAAAGAUUCAGUUUUAAAAAAAAGUUCACCUAGUAAUAGUGCUAGCACGAACCGAUAUGCUAAUAAUACAAGUCCAAGAAGCUAUGGGAAAGUUGGGAAUCUUGAUAUAGAACCAAUAACUCCACAUAAGAUUCAGAAUAUAAUUGGAAAACCUAUAAAUUUAACUGCAUUUGAUUAA